AUGGAGAGACCCGCGGAUGAGCCGCAGUCUUUUUUGUUUUUUUUUUUCCUAUGUGCUCAUUUGAUCCUUCUCACAAACCAUAGAGUAAGGGAAACUUCAAAAAAGAAAAAUAGCAGUAACCCGAACAGGCGCUUUAUCAACGGUCCCCACGUCCUCUUGUUUUCUUCCCCGUAUUAUAAUUUUCUGUGUUGUCGUUGUUGCUGUUUUUUUCUUUACGCCUUAGGAAAGAGAGUUAUUUCAGAGACUGUUUGUGUUUUCUUUUGUUUAUUUGCUGUUUCAUUUUUUUUUUCUCACAUCAACACGAACCUCCUUUUCAUUCUUUGUGCGUGUUUCGUUGGUCUCAGUCACAUUCACGCAAGAAAAGGAGAUAUUAUUUUCCUCAAUUUAAAAUAUGGUUGUUUUAUAGUCGUGUUCUUCUUCAAUCACAUGCUUACUCCACACAGAAGGCAUGUGUUACCUCUUUAUUUACUUUCCAUUUUUUUCUUUUUUAAAAAACCAUGCAAAAUAUUUACUUACGAUGUUUGUUUGAAAAUUGAAGUGAAAAAAAAAACAGGUGUUGUUUUCGUUGGUGGCGUUUGA